UCGCUGCAACCCGCUCCCCCUGUUACCAAGCAAAAGCUGCUCCUUGCUAAACCAUGACAAUGCUUCUCUCCUGGAAGGCAGGGAUGAACUGCUCAUGCCACAGUCCUAACCUAGCACAGGAACCAACCUGCCGCAGUCCAGGAAACCUGGGGUAAUGCUGCUGUGAAUACUUGCUUCUGUCAGAGCCAGCUGGGUUACAAACAAACCUGAAGGGGAGGAUCCUAGAGCAGAGGCGAACGUAAUGGGUCUUUUUCCCUGGAGUGAUGAUAAGGAUGCUGUCGGAAGGUUACCUGUACAGAAUUGCUUACCUUUGUGAAGACCUAAACCCUAAGCUCUACAGCAAGAGUUCGGCUGAGGAGGUGGUGUAUGAAAUGAGGUCCAUUAGUUAUUCUUCCACAGAUGAAGCACAAGCAAAAAGCCUUCUUCAGAGAUGCAGAUCUGCUGGAAAGUGCAUUUCCUCAGUCUGCUCUAGAAGUAGCAGGCACAGCAGAAGGCAAAAGGAGAAUCUACAGCCUACACAGCACCACCUGCCCACAGGCCAGUCAUCUCCAGCUACACAUGUCUGUGAGGUGCUGACAAGAAAAGACACCUACCUGGUUCCAUCUUCCUGCAAAAGCAUUUGCAAGAACUACAACGAUCUGCAUAUAGCUGGGGACUAUGUGGUGCCAAUUAGCUCAGUCACGACAGAUUUUACCUGUGACAGUGGCAUAGGCCCCUUCUUGGAGUCUUCGGAGAUCCCUCCCCCCAUGGAGUCUGUGAGGGUCGCUCCUUCCAGUGACACCAUCCGCAAACCAGUCCAAGGCUACUCCUCAUGCUGGCGGCUGGCGAGCCUAGUGCCCAACCAGCAGCCUCUCUCUGACUCAGCCCUGAAUGACUACCUUGAACAGAAGCUGAUGGAGCUGUACAAGCAAUACAUCAUGGAUAGCACAGCAAACAGGGCAUCCCCCACUCAGAUCCUGGCCUCGGAGCUUGUCAUGACUAAUGUAGAUCAAAUCAGUGUGCAGAUAUCACGGGAGAGGAAUAUGGAGACCACCAAGGCCAAAGACAUUGUCAUCAGCCGCUUCUUACAAAUAGCCAGUGGAAAAAUAUCCUCAGAAAUUAGCACACCUAGCCUACACAUUUCCCAAUAUAGUCACACUAAUGCAUAGUAUUUGAUUAUCUGCCCUUAGAAUGCUUUUAUGUUCUGCAAAGUCAAUUUUUGGUUUCUUAAGACCCUUUUCUGCUUCAUAAAAACUAAUUUACCAUCCUAAUUGCAAUGAAAAGUUCCAGUACAUAUCAAAUAAGUAAAAAUACCCAUCUUGUCAACCAGAUGAUUUAUUGGUUGUUUGGUUUUUUUUGUUUUGUUAUUUUUUUGUUUUAAAAAGCGCUUUUCUGUAAAGGCUUAGUGAGCCUCAGACAUUUAAAAAAAUUGUAUUAAAAUGACUCAGAGCAUAUGACACUCUUCCAGGUGCUCAGCUGCUUGCUUUCUUCCCCAUGUGCUUGAUAUAUCAUUUCAACUGUUUGAAGUCUGCAGUUCUACCCUUGAGUCUGUGUGAAGGCUUACACCCACACAAGCACAUGCGCAGUGCUGGCAGAGCCAGAGACACAGAAUUUAGGAUGCCAUCUAGUCCAUCUCCCUUCCCAAAAUAAUGUUACUUAUGAAGUCCCUCACAGAAGUUUUUCUAAUUCAUUCUUAAAGACAUUAAGGGAUAGACAUUUGACAGUUUCUUCUAUAACAACUCUUAAUUAUUUAAUUGGUGUCUUCCUGUUCAAGGGUUACCACCUCUUGUUGCGAAGCACAAACUGUUUCCAAACAGACUUUAUCAGUAGGAGCAUGUGUGUGUAUCUGUGUGUUUUGCUCUGAACUGAACUGUUACAAUGACUGCUGUGACCACAGACAGCACUUUUGCCAGCCACUUACAAAACCUACAGCUAUGGAGUGGUUGUGCAGGGAAAGCAAUGAUAAUAAUGAAGGAGGAAAAUGAAGAAAAUUUACUUUUGUAAAAUUUCAGUCUUUUUUUAAAAAAGGAUGCUUACCUACUUUGAGUCUGUGUAAUGUGUGACAUACUGUCCAUGCCAAUCCAUCAUUGG